ACAGCAUCGUGCGAAUCGCGAAUGUAUAGGUAUUUGACUUGCGCAAGAGCAGAACGUGCAGGCUGCAGCGCCGGUUCGUUCAGUAGCGACACUUCUCGCGCACUAAUGCUUCGUGCGUAAGUAAAUGUUACAACGACGAAGCCGUACUCGCUCGGAUAUUGUAUAGUUUUACAUACAUCAAAGUAAAGGCUGCUGUGAAUCAUUUUUGUUUGGGACGCAAAAAAGUCUUGUUAAUCGCAAGAAUGAGGGAAGAGCCGAGAACUGCUCCAUAAUAGAGCCUCAAAUCGACAAAGGCACGCAAUAGUCAACUAGGGAUAUGAGUGGCAGCGGAUUUCGAGGUGGUCGAGGGUUUGCACAACGUGCCCGACCAACCUCUAAUGGCUAUGACUACGAAGGUGGCAAUGGCAACAACCGCUUCUAUCAGCCAAAUCGUAGGCCCGAUGCUGCUUCUGGUUGGGGUCAACAAAGUGUACAUUUCAACAAUCGCGGGGGAGGCAACAUGGUCUGGAGAAACCCCAACAGAAGUACCUCACCGUACCAGAAAAACAAUUAUCCCAGACAACAACCAUUCCAGCCUGAAGGCUCUGGUUGGGAUAGAGUUGAACCCCUUGAAAGGGACAAUCAUCACAACAGAAACAGAGAUAGGGACAGAAGUCGACAAAAUGACAGAGGAAGACAUGACAGACCUUAUCAAAACUUCAGGGGCAGAGGUAGAGGCUUCCAUAAUUCUAGGGGCAAUAACAUGCGCUUUCCUGGCCCAGGCAGGCCAUACUCUAGCAGACAUAGUCCUUCUAGAGGUGAUAGUUCAAACAGUGACAAAUCUCGCCAUAAUAGUCCCAGAUCCUCUAGCAGCAGGAGCCACAGCCGAAGUCGAAGUAGAAGCAGAAGUCAUAGCAGAAGCAGGAGCUCUAGCAGGAGUAGAAGUAGAAGUCGUAGCAAAAGUCACAGUCGAAGCAAUAGUCAUAGCCGCAGUGGUUCUACUCAAAGUUCUAAAAAAGAGCCCCUACUGGGCUCAGAAGAAGAACGUCAACAAAAGAUAACUGAGGCAGCAGCUAAGUUAAAAAAGUCUUUAUCUAGCAUAACUGAAGAAGAAAAGUCUUCAUGGGAAAAAGAUCUGAGUACUACAUCUGAUGUAAAUAAAGAAAAUAGUGAUUCUCAAGAAAAUCAUACUAGUACCAAUUCUGGUAUACCAGAAUUAAGCCAUGAACCUCCUGAAUUACAAUUGACUCAUGAUGAUUUUAGAGACAUUGGUCGACGUAUUGAAGCUGAUUUAUCAGGUCAAAUAAACUUCAAAGAAUUUACUUUGACAGGUAAUGUGCUUGAUGAUCCUACAAAUCUUGUUUUGGAUAGUAUUGGCAAUGCAGAGUUGGAUCGCCCUACACAAGAUCUACUAAAAGAAGCUUAUGAUCCUUCUGUCCCUGGUGAAGAAACAAUUGAUCAACAGAAUGAUAAAUCUGCAGCUCCACUAAAGGAGCCUAUUAAUCUUGACAAUGUUAUAGAAAUAUUAAAUGUAAGUGACGAUUUGGAUAAUAAUGAUUCAUCCCAUGGAAGGUCAACAAAAUCAUUGCAAAAUUCAAAGAUAUCGGACCAGGUUUCUAGUAAAAAUGAUACCAGUGACAUUGAAAUAAUAAAAAUUACUGACCAAUCAACAAACAAAAAGUUCUCAGGAACUUUAGGUUAUACACCUAGAUUGACAACUACAUGGACAGACGUACCAUCAUCUAGUAUGCAACGGCGCAAAAAAGAACCAGAAAAGCCAGAAAUUGAUUCAGCAAUGUUGCAACCUCCACCAGCAUUUGAUCCUCGCAAACCAUUGACGCUCAAUACAUUAACAGAUCCAACACCAACUGAUAUGGUAUCAACAAUGAUACCACCACCCGUAAUAAUGCAAAAUUACCCUCCAUUCAUUGCAACAAUGACCUAUCCAGCAUUGCCUAUUCCAACUCCAUUACCAGUACCACCUAUACCAACAGUUAGUGUUGAACCAAUCCUUCCACCAACAUUCUCAACAAUAAGAGCCACAAGCCCACCUGCCUCAACAGUUAGUGGUAUAAACUUUGAUGAGGAUGGUCUUGAAGACAUGCAGGAAGCUAUGGAAUUUGCUCAACAGCUUAUGAGCAUGAGUGAAAAAUCAGACGUAAUAGAAAAAGAUGAUAAAACUACGUCAAGUGAUCCUGUAUCAAUUUCUCAAGCCAUUAAUGAUUCUGAUUCAUCUGAAGUUACUAUAAUAGGUGAAUCUGCUGAAGUUACUGUUAUAGGUGAACCAAAAAGUGCCACAUCAAAGCUAGCAGCUACGUUACCAAAGCCUAUUUCACCACCUGUUUCUACAUUGUCUGGAAAUGAAUACAGUUCAAGUAUGUCUAAUUUAAUUCAAACAAGUGCUGGUUCUACCACUGCAAUUGUAUCUUCUUCAACUAAUACAACAUCAAAUUCAUUAGAAUGUAUUGUUCAAUCUGUAGAAACGACUGCAAAAUCACCUGUGCAACUGCAAAAUGAAUUAAGCAUUACAGCUUCUAAAUUGCCAUCAGAAAUAAGUACAACAGUGGGACUAAUUACACCAACUGUAGAAACAAUUUCUACAAACGUUACAGUACCUAUAAGCAUUGAGCCCACAAUCACUGAGCAGUUAUUAGUAGACAAAAAUUGUACAGAAGAUUCACUAAAGCACAAAACAUUUGGAAAUCUUAAAAAUCAAUCCCUUACCUCCAAAACAGCAACUACUUCAAAUGCACUAGCCACAGUACCAGCACCUCUGGGUUCUAAAGGAGUUCCAAUUCUUGUUUCUGAUGCAGCUCCUCUACUAGGAGCGGUUGCAUCAAAUGUUAAACCUUUAAAUGAAAAACUUACCAUUAAACCUUUUGUAAUUGAAAACAAAAAUCGCAGCAAUUUGAUUCAAAUACAUGAGAAUAGAAAUCGCAAAGAAACUAAACAACCUCAAGAAGUUUCUUGGAAACAUCGUGUAAUUAAUCGUUUCUUGAAGAUGAGCAAACACGAAAUACGCAAUAUGCUUAACCAUUCAAGUUUACGAAAAUUUGAUAUUGCCAUGAACAAUCUAGUUAAACAACAAAAAAUGGCAAUCAAUCAAGAAAAACGUAUUAAUGAAGAUGAAAAAAUUAAAGAGUAUGACAGAGAAGAAUUUAUGAAUCAACUCAAUGCCAUGCUAGAUCCAAAUGCCACUGUUGACAUAACAAGUCUGCCUACUGACUUCAUUCAUCAUCUCAAUGAAGUCCUUCAAUUAGAUCCACUUCAAUUUGAAGCUCCAAUACAGGCACCGCAAACGAAAACUGCGGAGGAUGUGGAAAGCCAUUUGCCAGCCGCCUUGACGACUCACUCGACUUCCGACAAACCACGCCGCAAGUUGAUAAAGCUUCCUAGCCCAGAACCAAUUAUAGCUCCGAAGGAAAAACGUAAAGUCACGGUCAAGCUCAUACGAGAUCCCGAGCGACACAAAAAACAUCCCCAGGCAAAAUCCACCGGUACAGUAACGACUCAAGCUCAGUCGCAUCAGCCCCGUGGACCCUCGUCGUCCACGAGUACUCAAGCGAACGCCAAUUACAAUCAGUACACGGUAGCUGCCCAGGACUACUUUCACCGAGAUCACCCUCGACAUCCUCACAAUAUCGAGCAGCAAAAGAACAUCCCGGUCGUGAAUAUGGCCGAUAUCGACGACAUAUUCUCAGCCGGUAUAGCGAAAAUGUCGCGUCAAGUCGCUCCGGUGUCAUCGAAGCCACCGACGAGCGGCGUGGCUGGACGUUUGGCUAGUCGCAUCGAUCGGAACAACAAGGCCCAAGUGGCAGCGGCUGCGUCAAGAAAUUUGGACGACGAGCUGCCUCACGACUACGACGACGUGUACGUGGAAGGCAUGAAUCGACCCAAGCCACCGGGUGCGACCGUGUCCGUGUCGGCCGCCACGGAGGAAGCCACUCGUGGCCAAAAAGUGUCUCAUCGUCUAAACACGGCCGAUUUCGAGACCGACGUAAUGAAGGUAGAGCGCUGGAUGCGCAAAGAGCGCGAACACAUCGAUGCUUACCGCAAUCUUACCAAAGAGGAAUGGGACGCCAAGUACGGCAAUACCAUGGAUCGCACCGCCUUCGAGCGCGAACUCGAGGUCACGUUCAACAAAUUUAACAAUCUUGUUAACGAGGAGCCUUUGAACAUCGAUGCGCCUGUCAGAGAAUCUUCGAGCACCGCGAGCGAAUCUUCGAGCACCUCUUCGUCGAGCGAAAGCGAGAACGAGACUUCGUCGGACGUUACUCAAUUGCUCAAAGUGAUCAAAGAGCGCGAAAAGAUCGCUAAAAAACGGAGCCUCAACGAGACUAUCAGAGACGAAGUUACAGCCGAGAUCGAGCGAAAAUGGCGCGAGAAAAAUAAGCAGAAAGAGCGUAAAGCGAGAAAACGCCUCAAACGUCUCAAGAAGGACAAAAAAGAACGAAAGAAACGCGGCCGCAAGAAACAUAAGAAGCGAUCGAGGAUCGACGAGAGUGAAUCCGAGGAAUCCGACAGCGAAUCAGAAUCUGACUCGGGUAGCGAAACGACGAUGCCGUUGCUCAGCGAGAGUGAAAUCAAAAAAGAACCCGAACAAGAGGAGGAACCCGAAGUUGCCGCUACGCUUGCGGCGAUCGGUGGCCGUACCGUCUUGUUCAAACAAAAUAAGGCUCCUAUAAUACGUAAAACAGGAAUCGCUAUGCCGUAUUUGAUGGGAAUGUCUUCAGCUAAUGAUGACGUUUCCAGUUCUCGAAAGGUGCGCUUUUCAGAGACGGUGAUUCACCACGACACUGCUGACAAGACUAUAGCUCGCAAAGUAGCUUCCGAGAAACCCAUAACGCCGGCCACUAUAGCUGCUCAAGUUCCGCUACCUUCGGUGCUGAAAAAUUCGAAAAAGAGUAAAACUAUAGUUGGUAGUAUUAUGGGUGGGAAGGCUGUCACGAUAGCAGCUUCUAAAUCCAUCGCGCAGCCGGCUAAAACGCUUGUUACUAAAGCACCUGUUGCCCAAUCGCAGAUAGUCAAAGCAACAACUGCACCAGUGCAGUCACCUGCGGUGGUGAAGCCAAAAUCUGCUGGUGUUACCAUUACGGGAACUGUUGGUUCUGCCAAGACAGCUCCAAUAAAAGCUACAGUGAUUGAAAAACCUAAAAUAGUUGAAGCCGCCAAAAUCACUGUUGCUCCUACUGUCGCUCCAGCAAAGCAAACUGAGAGUGAAUUGUCAAAAGAAAAUGCGGUAGCACCAAUUAAACGUGUUGCGGAUGUGACUGCUAAAGUUGCUGUUCCGCCUGUUACCACCGAAGCCGCUCCAGUUUCUGAAGAUUCAGGUCCAAUUGAUCCGUCCAAAAAAAAGAAAUUAGAUAUAAAAACAUAUAAACAACGUAUGGUAGAUCGUCAAAAGAAGGUACAGGAAAAGAUGGAGCUAAUUGAAAAAAAUCCUGGUUCACUUACCCAAGAUCUUCUUAAUAUACCUACUAAAAAACGUGUAAAUGAAAUUGUAAAUAAAACAAUUGAUGAUAAAGGACCUUCUACAGAUGCGAUGUUGUCUAAACCGGUAAAACUUCGACGUACAAGUAUACCUGAUAAAAUCCAAAAUCAGGUCCUAGAAAAAGAAAAUAAUGUCACGCCUAAAAAAACUAGUGAAAUGCCUUCUGAUUCAGUGACUAAAUGCGCUCAUCCAAAAACAGCUGAUAAUAAAAAUGAUCCUCAUAAAAAAAAGAAAUUUUGCAAGGUAUGUGCAGCUAACAACAAAUUCAAAAACAUCAAGUCUGAAGGUGGAAAAGAGCUCAAACUUAAAUCUCCAAAAGGUAAAGAAGCAACUCCUAUCAAGCCCAUUACACUCAAGCGGUGUGAAGUCAAAAGUACUGGUAAAAGUGAUGCUUUACCUGACACUGUUCCAGAUGAAGAAAUUAAUCGUUAUGCUGAUAACUAUGGAGAAUGGAGAAAAUCUGAACUAGCUAAAAGAAUUAUUCUCGAUGAAAAUAGUUUAGAUUAUAUGUUGAAUAAUUUUGUUGAUAUGACUAAAGAAGAGUAUGCAGAGAUAAAAAGACUUGAAGAAGAAAAAAGAUUAAAAGAAAUGAGAUUAGCUGAAGAAGCCAGACUAGCUGAAGAAGCCAGAAUAGCCGAAGCACAAAGAUUAGCAGAAAUAGCUAGAAUAGCUGAAGAAGCAAGAUUGGCAGAAAUAGCUAAAAAAGCUGAGGAAGCUAGAUUAGCAGAAAUAGAAAGAAAAGCUAAAGAAGCUAGACUAGCUGAACAAGCCAGGCUAGCCGAAAUAGCUAGACUCGCUGAAGAAGCUAGACUAGCCGAAGAAGCUAGACUAGCCGAAGAAGCUAGACUAGCCGAAGAAGCUAGACUAGCCGAAGAAGCUAGACUAGCCGAAGAAGCCAGACUAGCUGAAGUAGCUAGACUAGCAGAAGAAAUUAGAAAAGCUGAAGAAGCUAAGCAAGCUGAAAUUGCAAGAUUAGCGGAGGAAGCUAGACUUGCUGAAAUUGCCAGGCAAGCUGAAGUUGCUAGACUGGUGGAAUUAGCAAAAAAGGCAGAAGAAGCUAGAAUAGCUGAAGAAAUUAAAAGGGCAGAAGAAAUUAGAUACAGAGAACAAGCAAAAAAAAUUGAAGCAGCCAGGCAAUUUGAAAGAGAAAAUUUAGUGAAAAGUAGUGUAAAGUUUGAAAGUGAACGUGUUAUUCAUGUGGUUGAUGAAAGUUUACUAAACGAUCUCAAUGACACAAAAAUUAUGGACGAUAGUGUUAGUACUGAGGAAGUAAGGAACGAGUGCAUCGAACAAGAAAUAAUCACGGAAAGCAUGGAUCCGAUUCAAAUAUUAGAGGGUAAAUCAUUAGUAGAUAAUAACAUUAGACACAAUAAUAAAAUUGCAUCCCUUGAAGUUGCGCGAGAUUUUAGUAACCUCGAAGCGCAACUUGAGUACAAUAAAACCGAGAUUCGCGAUCCUCGUUUGAGAUUUGCGCGAAUGAAGUCAGCGUUAUCGGCCGCAGUAAAACAUACAGUUCCCCCACUCCACGAGAAUCGUUCAAAUUCGCCGGCCCAACCGCAGUCCAGCCACGAAGAAGUAACAGUCGUUCGUGAGAACACGACCGACCGUCAGAUCGAUUUUGAGUCGCCACCGUCGCCGGAACUUCAAGAAACGAUACAACCCGACGAAUUGGUUGUUGAACUGCAACAACCAUCUAUUAUGACAGUGAAAAGUGUUACUGACGUUGAAAAAGAAACGAUCGAGCCUAUCCUUGAAGUUUUCGGCGAUCCGAAAAUUGAGGAAAUGCCCAAAAUAUUGGCCGAGGUAGCUUCCAAAUCACAAAUUGAUUCCCACGUCUUGGAUUUGAACGAUCCAAUCGAGCAAUCCCUUUUGCUUCUUGAUUCGCCUGCAGUUUCAAAUACGACAGAAAUGACCUCGGAAAUUAUUAAAGUACAUCAAAAUACAAACGCAGUACAAGACAAAGGACUUGUUGCGUUACAAUACAAAGAAAGUAGUGGUGGGGAUAAUGUAAUUGAUGCUAGUCCGACAAACGAAAACAACACGCCGCAUAGCACGAGUGAUCAACUGGUUAAAAAAUCAAGCAAUAAUGAUGAAAAAAAAUCGUCUGACAAAAAUUUGCACAAAAUUCUAAAUAAGUCGAUAAACAAAAGUAAGUCUUCAUCGUCGUCGUCGAAACGUAAACACAGCAGUAGUCAUCGCAAAUUAACAAUCGACCAGGGUAUUGAAUUUUUAUCAGAUGAAAAACUGAGCAAACUAGAUACAACAGAAUUGGCGUAUGGAAGAUUCUUGAAUGUUGAACAAGCUAUUUUUAGAUUAUGUUCGGAAAGAAAAAAAUUAGCUAAUAUUUUAGCUUCCUUGAGUAAAAAUGAUUCUUCUCAAAUGCAAGGGCUCGGUAUGUUUGCUAUACCCAACAUAAUGCCGGACAUUAUGACAACUUCAACAUCUGUUAUGGAAGAUCCUUCUCCAAGUAAAGCUGAAAAAGUAAAAUCAUUUGAUAAAGGUUCUGAUGCUCAAAAACACAAACAAGAGAAUGAAUCGUUAGAUGAAAAGUCCAACAACAAGAAAAAGAAAACUAAAACAGCGACUGAAGAUCUUCACACUAUAACAUCAACUAAAUCUGAAGUUUCAUCAAAGUCUUUAACCAAAGAUACAUCAGAUGACUCUGAUCUUGAUUUAGCGACAAAAUAUAAAAUAAAAUCUAAAAAAAUGUCCAAAAAUAAAAUGGGAAAGAGUUUGAAGGAACUCUCAAAGAAUGAUGGAUCAGCAUCAAACAAAGUAAAACCUAACAAAGCAUUGAAAAACACAAAACAAAAGUUGAAUUCUGACAUCAAAUCAAAAAGAGAAAAAUUGAAAAAUGAUAAAUAUGAAUUAUCAAAAAGUCAAACUAUUGGAAAAUUUUCCCAAGGUCUAUUAGAUACUGACGAUGAAGAUUAUUCAAAAGUGUCAGAUUCUGAAACUUCAAACAACGAUAGAAAACUGUCACAAACACCAGUUGUAAAGCUAGGAAGAAUCAAGAAAAAAUCCAAAAUAAUUAAUGAAGAUACUCAUCACAGUGAAAAUUCUGAAUCUGAUGUCAAAUCAAAGCUUAUUAGCUCUAAAAGAAAAAAAGGAAGCAAAAAAACUAAAAUUAUGUCAGAUUCUUCUGACGAUGAAAAUCAAGUGCCAAGGAGUACCUCUGAUUCAGAAUUUAAUGACCUAGUUAUUCCCAGAAGAAGAAAUUUUAAAAAAUUUGUCAUGAGGAGUAAAAAAUCUGAUAUUAAAAAAAAAUUGAUCUCUUCUGAUGAAGAUGAAAUGAGAAAAACUACUCCUAAAGUUGAUUCAAAAUUCAUAUCCUCUAACACAUUACAAGAUCACUGCACUGAUUCUACACAUAAAGAACACGAAAAUAAACCAAGUUCAAGCCUAGAAUCUAUUCUUAAAAAUCAAUCUAGUAAAAAAACAAAAACACAUAAAUCAGAAGAUCAAAGUGAAGAAGAUUUUGAUCUUGAAAUUGGUUCAAGUUCAGUGAGAAAUUCUAGAAGCAGAAAAAGAAUAUCGGACGACGAAUCUGGCACUCUUAUUUCUACUUCAAGACAAAAAUCAUCUGUAUCUCGAAGUAGAAGUCGCAGUACAGUACGUAGUGCCAGUCGAACCAAGCGCACUUCUGUGGGCGAAGAUGCACGUGAAAAAAUUGGACUAGAAUCCGAUAUUACUGUGGAACCAGAAAUAGGUAAUAAAUUAUCCGCAAAAUCUUUUAAAACAAAAAAUAAAUCAUCUGAAAAUAUAAAAAAUUCACCGGAAAAAGCGUCCUAUUCUAAUGUUACUCUUCAAAACCCUUCUGAUAAUCAAGAUAAAAAUUUAGUUAAAAAACCGAUCGUCAGUCUAAAUAAGAUAAUAAAAACUCCAAGUUUUGAGACAAAGACAUCAUUAGUAGCAAACGAAAAAGCAUCAGUUGAAACAAAAACAACUCCGAAACAAAAAGGUACAGAAGAGAACGAGUUGGAAGAUAUUUCUACUAAAGUAAAAAAUAUCACAAAUGAAGUAACACAUGAAAAAAGCCAAGCAAGUACAUUGUCGAAAUCAAAUGAAAAAUUACUCAUUUAUUCAGAUGAUAGUACUCUUGAUACUUUUGAUGCCAAAAAUCAACAGUCCAAAUUUCCUGGAAAAGGGCUGGCGCUUUUAGAACAAUCUAUUAAAAAAGAUUCACGGAAGAAGAAAACAACUUUAAAAUCCUUGCUUAAUCCCGAGCCAAGUACCGAAAAAUCUGAUGAUGAUUCAGAUCUAUCUGACUUAAGUGAACAGGAUGAAUUAAUAGUCGCGGAAGCUAAAAAAUCAUCCAAAGUUCAUAAUACACCAGAAGAAUAUUUCCAACACUUGGAAGAAGUUAUCGAAGAUGUAGUUAAAAAUCUAGAGUGUGAUCUGUCCCAAAUAGAUAAGUCAGACAAUGGUUCUCACGGUAAUAACAAAGUCAUUGAAAUUACGACAAAUACAGAAAACUGUACUCAGUCAUCGAAGAUUGGAGUAAAUGAUGCCAAUUUGGAAAAUAUUUCUGAUGCUCCUUUGACCCCUCAGAGUAAUAGUGAAAUUCAAACUGAAUCAAAAGUAGUUGAGGAAACUAAAUUAACCAAAGCUAAUAUAAUUUAUUUGGAUCAUAAUGAAAAGAAGGUCAAUGAAUUUACUUUCAAUGGAUCAUCUUAUGUUGUUAUUGAUAAUCUAGAAGAUGACACGGAAGAAAAUAUUCUUCCAGAUGAUGGUAAUACUGAUCCAUUUAGUAUUGAUAGCGUUGCGUUACCUGAAAACACUUCAGACAACUACGAUUCAAAAGAAAGUAGACUUGAUUUAUCAGCAGAUAAAUCUAAUAAUAAACAACUAGAAAAAAAUUCAGUGAAAGAUAAUGAGAUUAUUAUAGUAAGUCGUGUAAAUCCUAAUACUAUCGAAAAACAAGUUAAAGCAAUUACUGAAGAAAGAAAGAUCGAAAAUAAAGGCAGGAAACGCAAAGGAAAAUCUGAAAUUCAAUUACCCUCCAAAAAUCUUGAGAAUAAAAGUAAAUCAUCGAAUAAUAAACGAAGCAGAUCUAAAACUGAUAAAAAUGUUGAUGAAAAUAUUGACGAAGUUACAACCCUAAAAUUGCGUAAUAAGCAUGUAACCAUACCUUCUAAUCAACCAAGAAGUCAUAAAAGGAAAAUCACAAUGAAUAUGGAAGAAAUGCAAUCUUGUAAAGUGCGCAUUAUUGAUUGUAAAUAUAGUUUAUUGAAGAAAAAUGUUAGAAACAAAAUAUUACGUGAAGCAGGAAUAUCAAAAAUUAAUAAUUUAUCGAUUCUCUCCGAGAGUUAUGCUCCCAAACCUGAUGAUACGAAAAAAGAAAUAACUAAUAAGAUUAAAAAAAAAUCUAAAGUUAUAAUACCGAAAGAUCCUCUGGAAAUUGAUAUAGUAAAUGAUGAACAGCCUGAACAAACAUCGAAUUUAGAUCAUUUACCUGAACAGCCUGAUCUUGUGAUAUUUGACUCGAAAACGGAUGACGAAGAACUAAUUGUCGAUGAAAACUCUAAUGAUCCAGAAGAUAACAUAAAAAUCAUUAUUGAUGAACCAAGUGAAUCAAAUAGAACUAUAAUAUCUACAGUUGACAUCGAUGUCGAAAAUUAUUCUGAUAGCAAUGAUGUGAUAGAACAUCAGGAAAUUUUCGUUUAUCCUGCGAGUGACGAUGCAGUGCAUGAAGAAAUAAUUGAUGUAAUAGGUUGUUCAAACAUAAAUUCAGAUCUAAAUUCAGAUAUCACAGAAACAAUUCAACCCGUAGAAAAUGAAAUAAUAGUUGAUGAUUUGUCCGAUAAAUCAUCUUUACUAGAAAAUCCUUCUGAGGGAAUUGAUGUAUCAGAAGAAGUUAGUGUGAUAAAAUCCGUGAAGAAAACUUUAGACUUUGAAAAAAUAUCUGAAAGCAGCCGUGAAAUUGAUGGUCCAAUUGAUACAAUUAAAAAAACCAAAAAGGAUAGAAUUAAACCGAAGAAAAAUCCAGUGAAGGACAAUCCACUAGUAGAAGCUGCGGUAGUUGUGAAAAAAAUUACUGUUCCGAAAAAAGUGUCUAUCAAUAAAUCUGAAAAAAGCGACGCCAGCAUUGAAACAACCAACGAAAUUGAUAAUCCACCAACAAAUAAUCCACAUCGGAUCGAGUACGCGAGUCACAAAGGACCCAUAUUAAAUAUUAAGGUUUUUGAAGACACAUUUUUGGCAGCAAGCGAUGACGGAUGUAUUUAUCGUUAUGAUAUUGCGACAAAUAGAUUAAUGAGUAUCUACGAGGGCCACACGCAAGCUGUUACCUGUCUGUGCAUCGCGAGGUUCGAUUCUGGCCAAACCAGAAAAGAAAUGCUGUACUCUGGUUCACUUGAUGGAACAUUAAGAUCAUACAAUAUAAGGAACGGUUUGGACUUGCAAGUGAGCGAAGUUGGAAGUGCGGUUCAAUGCAUGGAUCAAUCUUGGGGGACAAUAUUCAUUGGUACUAAAUCUGGGAGCAUAUCACGCUUCAAUAUCAAGUCCGGUUACUUGAAGCCCGACUCGAUACAAUCUUCAGAAAAACCUGUAAUGGCACUCAAGGCUACGAACGAAGGUGCUAGACGAGUGCUUAUUGUCGCUUCUCGCAAUCAAAAACUCUCUAUUCGUGACGCUGUUACGGGGCUUGUGUUACGAACCAUCAGUGGGCCCAAAAAUUAUACGAUCUACAGUCUCCUGAGGGAUCAUAGUUUGGUUUACUGUGGAACAAGUAACACCUCCAUUCCAGUAUUCGACUUUAUUAGCGGUGAACAAGUAGCUCAAUAUAAUGCAAGCGUCGGAAUCGUUUGCAUGUGCUUGUGCAAAAAGUUACUUUUUGCUGGAUGUUAUGAUGGUAAUAUUUACGUAUUUGACACUAGAACGAAUGAUCUUGUAUGCAAUAUACCCGGACCUGGAAAUAUGCUUCUGAGUAUGGAACUUAUCGGUACAAAAAUUAUUGCUGGUAGCAAAAAUCGAAAUUUGCAUAUGUGGAGCAUGCCUGAACAGAUUCUUCGAUUACUGGAUGAACAAACGUAGUAUCAUGUUCGGCGAAAGUUGAUCUAGUCAACAGUACAAUUUACACAAAAAAUUUGUUUAUUCCAAAACUGAUAGAAUAGCAGCAAAAGAAAACGAUUUCGCUGUAAUUUCUUGAGCUCAAAAAGCAAUCAGUAAACAAACACAGUUAAGAUGAAUAUUAUUGUAAAAACUUGAACCAACUAAAAUCAUAUGUACAUAAAAAUACGCGAUACAGUGAUAAGUAUGUCCCAUUUGUACAGAGACGAAAAAAUGUACAGAAAAAAAUGAAAUUAUAGUUAGGGGAUAACUUCAUAAUUUAGCGUUAGGAAUUAAUUUAUAUUUGAAACCGCCAGGCAGAGCACAUUGUACGCUCCUCAAUUUGUAUGUAAUUCUAAUUGAUGUGCAACUUUGAUAGUGAUGUAUAAUCCAAACUUGAUAGAAUUAAAAUCUACGCAUUAAGGUUUUUCACGAAAUCUAAAAAUUGGAUUCAAAAUGUAGUUGUAGCUCACCAAAAUGAAAUUAACUCGAUUUAUGGAAUUUAAGUUCUCUCUUGACCAAUGAGAUUUUAUGGGACUUACGUAUCUGGAUAUUUAUGUAUGAUUAAUUUGAUGGAGAGACAUUGUCAGUUGAUAAAUUUUUAACUUAUAAAGUAAAACUUGAAUUUGUGGAAUUCAGUAACUUCAAAUUUUUAUUUAUAUUGUGUAGUUCUUGAAUUAGUUACUUUCGAUUUCCGUCAUUUCUAUUGGUACUGUUGUCUUUACAGUUAUAAUCUUUGUUUGGGAAUGACCUAUUCCGAGUUUGCAAAAAAUUUAUAAAUAAAAUAGGAAAUUUAUUUUUACUUCAUGAAAGUUUUGAAUGCAAUAUAGUAAUUUGAAAAAUUACUUGAAUGAGUCUAAUAUGCCAAAUUAAGUUUUAUACGAUUCAUAAGAUAUUAAUUGAUUCAUUAAAACAAUUGUUGAUGUGAAUGAUUAUUUAUAAUAUUAAUUUGACGAAGUUUCUCUAAUUGCACUGUCGAUGGUAUUUGUAAAAAUAAUAAAAUUAAAAUAUCCAAAGUGUAUUUUUACAAAUAAAAUUGGAGUGAUCUAUACUAGUUUUUUUAUACAUGACUAUUUCGCUUGUUAAAACUUAGAUAUUUCCGUAAAUGUAUCUAUAUACUUUUCCUUACAAGUCAAAAAUUGUAAUGAAAGAAAAAAGAUUUUUCAUAAUUUUAAGUUGAACGGUCGUUUGUAA